AUGGACCGACGCUGGCCAUGGAAGAAAAAAUCGUCGGACAAGGCUGUGAUGGAGAAAGCAGCUGCAGAAUUGGACUCUGCUGCGAGUGCUGCUACUCAGAAGCCGAGCUACGUCCAAAUCUCAGUAGAGUCAUAUUCCCAUCUGACUGGUUUGGAUGAUCAAGUGAAGGCAUAUGAAGAAAAGGUUCAGACACUGGAGGAUGAGAUCAAGGAAUUAAAUGAAAAACUGUCUGCAGCUAAUUCGGAGAUAAAUACAAAGGAAAGCCUGGUAAAACAGCAUGCUAAAGUUGCAGAAGAGGCUGUCUCAGGCUGGGAAAAGGCUGAAGCAGAAGCUUUAGCUUUGAAGAACCAUUUGGAGUCUGUCACUCUUGCAAAACUCACUGCUGAGGACCAGGCAUCACAGUUAGAUGGUGCUCUCAAAGAGUGUAUGCGACAGAUAAGAAACCUGAAGGAAGAACAUGAACAGAAAUUGCAGGAAGUUGCUCUCACAAAAACCAAGCAAUUGGACAAGAUUAAGGGUGAGCUUGAGUCUAAGAUAGCAAGCUUUGAACAGGAACUUCUCAGGUCUGCUUCCGACAAUGCAGCUCUGUCAAGGUCCUUGCAAGAGCGCUCUAACAUGAUAGUCAAUUUAAGGGAAGAAAAAGCUCAUGCUGAGGCUGAAAUUGAGCUUCUUAAGGGAAAUAUUGAAUCAUGUGAAAGAGAAAUCAAUUCUCUCAAAUAUGAGGUUCAUGUUAUUGCCAAAGAGCUUGAGAUUCGCAAUGAAGAAAAGAACAUGAGUAUGAGGUCUGCAGAAGCUGCUAAUAAGCAACACAUGGAGGGUGUUAAAAAAAUUGCUAAAUUAGAGGCAGAGUGCCAAAGAUUACGAGGUCUAGUGCGGAAAAAGUUACCAGGUCCAGCUGCACUUGCACAAAUGAAGCUAGAAGUUGAAAGUCUUGGUCGAGAAUAUGGAGAAACACGAUCAAGAAAGUCUCCUGUCAAACCCCCUACUUCUCACCUGUCCUCGAUGCCUGGGUUCUCCCUCGAUAGUGCUCAGAAAUUCCACAAAGAUAAUGAAUUUCUCACAGAGCGUUUGCUGGCAACGGAAGAAGAAACAAAGAUGCUGAAAGAAGCUUUGGCAAAACGUAAUAGUGAACUGCAGGCUUCAAGGAGUAUGUUUGCUAAAACUUUGAGUAAACUUCAAAUUUUGGAAGCACAAGUUCUGACAAGUAAUCAGCAGAAGGGAUCUCCUAAAUCCAUCAUAAAUGAAAGCAUUUACAGUCAGAAUGCAAGCAAUGCACCAAGCUUGAUCUCCAUGUCUGAAGAUGGAAAUGAUGAUGUUGUAAGUUGUGCUGAGUCUUGGUCUACAGCCAUUCUCUCUGAUCUAUCCCAACUUCCUAAAGGAAAAAAUACUGAGGAAUUGAGCAAAUCUGAUGCAACUAAGAAGUUGGAACUAAUGGAUGACUUUCUGGAGGUGGAGAAAUUGGCUCGAUUAUCAAAUGAUUGCAUUGAAGUUUCAGGUAAUUCAAAUAAUAUAGCAAAUGAAACUGCGACAAACGAUGUAUCAGAAGUCAGUGUUCCCUCUAACUCCCAAGAGAAUAGUGACCCAAAUCCAUUGCCAAUUGAGGUGUCUUCUGCUGAGGAAUUAUCAGCAUCUGAUCCCCAAUCUGAUGUUCCUAGCUUGUCGCUAGCAGAGCUUCAAUCAAGAAUAUUAUCAGUUUUCGAGUCCAUGGCUAAGGAUGCUGAUAUGGAGAAGAUAUUGAAGGAUAUUAAACACGUUCUUGACGAUGCAUGUGACAUUUCCGUCCAGGACUCUGUAUCUGCCGUUCCCCAUUAUGUCAUACCUUCUGAUGUUACGUGUGAUAAGCAGGGUGACACUGAAGAUGCUGGCUUAAACUCAGAGAAAGAAGUUAUUUCAUCCCAGCAACAUCCAGAGUAUAUGCAGAUAACUACGGAUUUAGAAAUGGCAAUUUAUCAAAUUCAUGACUUUGUGUUGUUCCUAGCCAAAGAAGCAAUGGCAGCACAUGAUAUAUCUUCUGAUGGAGAUGGAAUAAGCCAAAAGAUGCAGGAGUUCUCUGUCACUUUUAAUAAAGUUACAUCCAAUGAAGCAAGUUUGCUACAGUUUGUUCUGGACCUGUCUAAUGUACUAGUCAAAGCAAGUGAAUUCAGAUUUAAUAUCCUUGGUUAUAAGGGUACGGAAGCUGAAACUAACAGUCCUGAUUGCAUAGAUAAGAUUGCUCUGCCGGAAAAUAAGUUAGUUCAAGACAAUUCAUCUGGAGAGAGAUAUCAAAAUGGUCAUUCCCAUAUUCUUAAUCCCUGUUCUGAUCCUGAGGUUCCUGAUGAUGGAAAUUUGGCCUCGGGCUAUGAAUCAAAAGCCACGUCACAGAAGUUCUCAAUGGAGAAGUUCGAAGAAUUGAAGUUAGAGAAAGAGAAGGCAGUCGCUGAUCUAGUAAAGUGUUGUGAAAAUCUUGAAAUGACGAAGUCUCGGUUACUAGAGACAGAGCAGCAUCUAGCUGAAGUUAAAUCACAGAUGGCUUCUGCUCAAAGAUCAAAUAGCCUGGCUGAGACACAGCUAAAAUGCAUGACAGAAUCGUACAGGUCAAUUGAAAUACGUGCAAAGGAGUUUGAGACUGAGCUUAAUCAUCUGCGAAUGAAGACAGAAACUCUGGAGAAUGAACUGGAAGAUGAAAAGAGGGCUCAUGAAGCAGCUUUGGCCAAAUACAAGGAGCUAGAAGAACAACUAAAAAGGAAUGAGAGCGCAGCUGCUGAUAAUGACGUUAAGACUAAGCAGGAGAGAGACUUGGCAGCUGCUGCUGAAAAGCUAGCUGAGUGUCAGGAAACCAUAUUUAUUCUUGGCAAGCAGCUAAAAGCUCUGCAUCCUCAAACAGAGCAAAUGGGAUCUCCUUAUUCAAAGGGUGAAGGCGUCACAGAGCGUGAACCUAUUAGCCCAAGUUUUCAAGAUCGAGCAGAGAUGGACAGUGCUACUUCUGCAUUUGUGCAAAGACUGGGAGGAGAGUCCCCCUUACAUUUUACCAACAGUUUAUUUAGUCCAUCAGAUAACGAGUCAAUCUUUCCAGCCAUAUCUUCUGUACAGAAUUCAAACCACAGGCCUACCAUGUCUUCCUCGUCGUCAGCUUCUUCCACUCCAACACCAGACAAACACACCCGAGGUUUUAGUAGAUUCUUUUCAUCAAAAGGUAAAAACGGUCAUUGA